AUGAAGUUCGGCGAGUCUUUGAGUGAAGGUCUCGUCCCCGAAUGGGAAAACCAAUAUGUAGACUAUAAGACUGGAAAGAAGCUGAUCAAAAAAUACACCCUGCUCCAGCUGGAAUUCGAGCGGGGAAACGUUGUAGAUACGACUCCGCUAUUGGAACCAAUCAGUGAGGUCGAGCAGCCAGAUUACUUCAUUUUGAAUCACAAGAAGCAUGGUCAAGAGAGCCAGGGUACACCACAAACUCCAAGAGAAGAUGGGCUGGGUAGUCUUGGACGGCGGCUGCUGAUUUUUCAAUUCUCCACGUUCAGGCAGCGUAGUUUGCGCAAGGAAGAUGUGGCGGAAGAAGGUGCCAAGUUUCUGCAAUGGCUCGAAGAUGAAUUAACAAUGGUGAACAAUUUCUACAAAAGCAAAGAGCGUGAUGUAUACCAUCGGUUUCUCAUAUUGGAGGAUCAGUUUGCGCAAUUGAAGGAGCAGAAGAUCGAGCUUUUGAGAGGUGUGAAACUGAACUCAACGUCACAUGUUGCAAAGGAUACCGCUGGAAUAGUCAACAGCAAGCUUUCUCGAUUUGCAUCCAAAAUCUUACUCGAUCGCAUCUGGAAGCACGAACUUCCUUCACUCCCCUCUAUGACUUUCCUUGACAAUUUUAGAUCCAAGGAUAAUUCACAAUCUGGAGAUGUAGUACUUCGAUCAGCUUCUAAAAAGGAAGGCUUUGAUCCAAACUACCAGGAAAAUCGUAUCAGAAAUGGUGAAUCCUUUAAUGAUAGUGAAGUCGAAAGUGAUUCAGCAGAUAGUUUCGACAAAAGUGCGCCCUCUAGCACUCAGAUGGCUGCUUCCACCAGCGAGCAAUUCCGUAUGUCUCGCAAGCGAGACUUCGUCGCAAACAAGCUGUUUGAAGUUCCAUACUAUUACGCCAAGAAAGUCUUGAAGGAUGCACUAAUUGAGCACUACAGAUCUGUUGCGUUGGUGCGCUCAUAUAGAACCAUGAACAGAACUGCGCUUCGAAAAAUCACGAAGAAGUUCGACAAAGCAAGCGGAUCUUCGAUUUCUGCCAGCUUCAUGAAAAAGGUCGACAACUCUUAUUUCCAAACAAGUUCCGUUUUGGAGCAGAUUCUGAGCCGCGUUGAAGACCUCUACCUUUCGGUCUAUGGUACUCAGAGUGAUACAAAGAAGCACGGCUUGGAGAAACUCAAAAGUGCUACGCUAGCCAUGCAACCAAGACUGUACCAUGGUGCCACCUUUGUGUCUGGUAUCUUUUUGGGCUUUUCAGUUCCUCUUGUUGCCCUCGUAAUUUACAUCUUCAUUGACAAAUACCACUUCAAACACAUGGUCAACCAAAAGUACCUUGGACAGCUUUGGGCUGGGUUCCUCAUGAUGAACUUGGCAAUGAUUCUUGUUGGAAUCAAUUUCUUCACAUACACUGAGUUCAAAAUCAACUACAAGUUCAUUUUCGAAUUCAAUCUCGCAAAUGCUCUCGACUAUCGUCAAUUUCUUGUCCUUCCAUCGGCACUCUUCGGGUUUUUGGGAUUCUGUGCUUGGUUUAGCUGGCUGAACUUCUGGCCAGAUAAGUUUCCAGGCAAAGAUUGGCCUUUGGUCUUUUUGGCCGUUUUUCUAAUAGGGUUUCUCUGGCCCGGUAAUCAAUUAUAUCCUGCUAGUCGUAAGUGGCUCCAGAUAGCUCUUUGGCGGAUUCUUUGGUCAGGCUUUUACCCCGUUGAGUUUCGCGACUUCUACUUGGGUGACAUUUUGUGCUCUUUGACUUACAGUUUGAGUAAUCUCCCUUACUUCAUAUGUUUGUACGGAAUCAAGUGGAGGCAUUACCUAGGUCUGGAUGUAAUUCCAGAUUCUACAAAGUACUGUGGGUCGGGGUAUUCACGGUCAAUGGGCUUUUUCUCAGCCCUCCCUUCAAUCUGGCGUUUUCUACAAUGCCUCCGUCGUUACAUGGACACUGGUGACCUGUUCCCUCAUUUAGCCAACAUGACGAAAUAUCUUGCCGGCUGUUUGUACUACUGCUUUCUCAGUCUCUGGCGUAUUCACAACACCGAUUACUACCGUGCCUUAUUUAUUACAUUUGCAUCUGUCAACUCCACUUUCACCACUGCAUGGGACAUAAUCAUGGAUUGGUCUUUACUUCAGCCCGGCUCUAAGCAUUUUUUGUUGAGAGAUGAGCUAUUUUAUGAGCGUCCAAUCUACUAUUACUUCGCAAUGCUCAACGAUGUGUGUCUCAGGUUCGCAUGGGUGGUUUACAUUGCAAUCCCAGGUCAAUUGCAACAGCUGGCACUGACCAGUUUCUUUCUUGCAUUAGCCGAACUUUUCCGUCGUUUUAUCUGGAUGUUCUUCAGAGUGGAGAACGAACACCGAACUAAUGUCACCUUGUUCCGUGCUUCGAGAGAAUCACCAUUGCCAUAUCACAUGACUCGUAGAGUUGAAAAUGCUAUUGACCGCCUAGUUGAUAUCCGAUACAAGGAACUCGACGAACCAUCAGAGGAGGUCGGCUCCAGCACACCCUCGAAGGUGCCAGCAGGGAAGCUUUCGAGAAGAACCUCAACUUACAACCAAGCUUCUGCGCAUCAAGACCUCGAGGCUGGCGCCGAACGUCCCGCAGUCAGCAACAGGUCUACUUUCGGCGCGAUUUCUGCCGCAUUUAACAAGGCGCAUAUCAAGGAUUUCCAAAGAAGAAAGUUCUCUGUUGCCGGAAUCGAUAGUGACGAAGAGGAGGGGAUGGAUGACGACAUACGGCCUCUCAAGCCAUCUUCUUCGCAAUAG